AUGACGGCGCCGGUCACCCGCGCGGUGGUGAAGGCUCUCACUGCCGACGGCGCAGAUGUCCGCUUCGUCGGCGGCUGUGUGCGCGAUGCGCUGCUCGGGCGCGAGAGCGCCGAUAUCGACAUCGGCACCCCCGACCCGCCCGAGCGGGUGAUGGGGCUACUGGGUCGAGCCGGCAUCGAGACCCGCACGUUCACGCGAUCGCAGCACGGCACCGUCACCGCUGUUGCCGGCGGCAACCGCUACGAGAUCACGACGCUCCGACGCGACGAGCGGACCGACGGCCGGCACGCAGAAGUCGCCUUCACCGACGACUGGGAGCAAGACGCGGCGCGCCGCGACUUCACCAUCAAUGCCAUGAGCGUCACACCGGACGGCGUGUUGCAUGACUAUUUCGGCGGUCAGGCGGACCUCGCAGCCGGGCGGGUGCGCUUCGUCGGCGACCCGGCGACGCGCAUCGCCGAGGACCAUCUGCGGCUGCUCCGCUUCUUCCGCUUCUACGCGUGGUACGGCAAGGGCGUGCCGGACGCGGCGGCGCUGGAUGCGUGCAAAGCAGCGGCGCACACGAUCCCAUCGCUCUCGGGCGAGCGCGUGCAGGCCGAGAUGCUGAAGCUGCUCGCCGCUCCCGAUCCUUUAGCGCCACUGGCCGCGAUGCGGGACGCCGGCGUGCUCGCCCAACUACUGCCGGAGGCAUCGGAAGCCAAGCGCCUUGCCCGCCUCGUCGCGAUCGAGGGCAGCGUCGGCGACGGCGAUCGGAUACGGAGGCUCGGCGCUCUCAUCGCUGACGCCGAAGCUGCACACGAUGUCGCCGCCCGCUGGCGGCUCGCCGGCGCAGACGCAGCGCGCCUCGCCGCACUCUGUGCACCACCGGCCCCCCUCACUCCCGAUCUCGACCGCCGCACCCAACGGCGCAGGCUCUACCGGCUAGGCCCCGGGCUGUUCCGCGAUCUGGUGCUGCUCGCAUGGGCCGCGGAGACCAUGGCGAGAACGAGGCGGCUUGGCGGGCAAUGCUGGAGACAGCCCGCGCCUGGGAAGAGCCAGCCUGCCCGUCUCCGCGCGGAGUUCUGGCAUGCGCGUGGAGUCAGGCGCCGGCGGUGGGCCGCCUUCGUUCGCCGUCGAGGCCUGGUGCGAAGGACCGCGAUUUCGCGCCCGACCGCGAGGCCGCGCUUGCUACAGCUCAGAGAGCUUGCCGCUGGCGGCAGCCAGGAAUAG